AUGGGCGACACUAUCUUCCCUCAGCUUCACCGGCACGAACAGAACGACCAAGGUCCAUCUAGGAAAAGAAUUCGGACUGGCAUGGAAACGAUAAGAGAGCUAGACUCGUUGAUCAAUCAGGAAAGUGUGAAGACGAAACUAAGGCGUAUAGCCGCGCAAGAUAAAGAGAAGGAUAUACCUUUUAAUCCGAUAUGUACUGAAACAACUCUGGAAGCUUGCAGAAUUGUGAGAGAGAAGUGUGAUAAGGCUCAUUACGAACCUAUUAUAAGACCUUGGACAGAUACUUCCUUAGGGUACUGCAGUUACCUUAAUCUAUGUUAUGGAGAUCCAUUGUUCGCGAAUAACCCCUCUUUGGGAGAAGGUAAUGGUCCAAGAGGAGGAGUAAAGGAGUGCAGGUAUAUGCAUUUCCAAGUCGUUCCUUCUACCUCGUCUAUUCCCAAGACACCUCCUGUCAUACCACCAUUACCUAAAAAUGUGAAAAAGAGGUUAUUAGGUGAAAAGAUUGAUCGAUAUGAUUCGCCGCCUGUCCCCCAAUGGGUUAAUUGUGAUAUCAGGACAUUCGAUUAUUCCCUACUUGGACAGUUUCAGGUUAUAGUGGCUGACCCACCUUGGGAUAUUCACAUGUCUCUCCCAUACGGUACGAUGACAGACGACGAGAUGCGUUCGUUACCACUCCGAUCCCUCCAACCCGAUUGGGGUAUCUUGUGUCUUUGGGUAACGGGACGAGCGAUGGAAUUGGGAAGAGAGCUGUUCUCGGUUUGGGGAUAUAAGCGUGUGGAUGAGCUGGUAUGGGUCAAAACGAAUCAGCUACAGAGGUUGAUAAGGACUGGAAGAACAGGUCAUUGGCUGAACCACACCUGCGAGCACCUCCUUAUCGCACUCAAAUUACCAGCCGACCAUCCCAAGAACGGACCCAUUCCGUGGGAAACCCACCCGACUCUACGUCAAUUGCGUAAAGGAGUAGAUACCGAUGUGGUCGUAGCUGAAGUGAGAGAGACAAGUCGGAAGCCUGACGAAGUAUACGGGGUUAUUGAGAGAUUAGCACCUCAUGGUAGGAAAUUGGAAUUGUUCGGAAGGAAACAUAACACUCGGCCUGGCUGGCUGACAUUGGGUAAUCAACUCGGUGAUUCACAGAUAGCAGAAGAAGAUUUGCAUGAUCGAUUAGCACAAAAGUGA